GUCCGGGGCUGGAGUUGCCGCUCGGGAUGCGGCUGCGCUGAGAGCCUGCGCCCGCGGACCCCAGAGCCGCGUUCCGGACUGUGUUUCCUGCUGCGGGACGUGGACUGGCAGCCGGCAGGAUGACCAACCCGGCGGCCACGCAGAACAAGGAAAUAGACUGCCUGAGUCCAGAAGCUCAGAAGCUGGCGGAGGCCAGGCUGGCGGCGAAGCGAGCGGCCCGUGCGGAGGCCCGGGAGAUCAGGAUGAAGGAGCUGGAGCGGCAGCAGAAGGAGAUCUAUCAGGUUCAAAAGAAAUAUUACGGGCUGUCUACGAAAUGGGGUGACAUCGAGCAGUGGAUGGAAGACAGCGAGCGCUACUCACGCAGACCCAGGAGAAACACGUCGGCCUCUGAUGAAGAUGAGAGAAUGUCCGUGGGUAGCCGCGGAAGCCUGAGGACAAAUGGUUAUGAUGGAGAGCUAUAUGGAUCGCAGCCCCUGAACAGAAGAUCUGGCAGGACUUCCAGCUACAGCGGUGACGGCAGAAUCUCCACUGUGUCAUCAUCCAGAGAGGAGAAGUUGCCCUCGGAGCCCUGCGGCCACCUCAGCUCCAGCUCCCGGGCCUCCUCCAGAGCCAGCUCGGCACGGGCCAGCCCAGUGGUGGAAGAGAGACCAGAGAAAGACUUCACAGAGAAGGGGUCUCGUAACCUGCCCGGCCUGUCUGCAGCCACGCUGGCCUCACUGGGUGGCACCUCCUCUCGGAGGGGAAGCGGGGACACCUCCAUCUCCAUCGACACCGAAGCAUCCAUUAGGGAAAUCAAGGACUCGCUCGCAGAGGUGGAGGAGAAAUACAAAAAGGCCAUGGUCUCCAACGCGCAGCUGGACAACGAGAAGAUGAACUACAUGUACCAGGUGGACACCCUGAAGGACACGCUGCUGGACCUCGAGGAACAGCUGGCCGAGUCCAGGCGCCUGUACGAGGAGAAAAGCAAGGAGUUCGAGCGGGAGAAGCACGCCCACGGCCUGCUGCGGUUCCAGUUCUCAGAGGUGAAGGCGGCGCUGCAGCAGAGGGAGGAGCUGCUCCAGGAAAUCCGCCAGCUGCAGCAGAAGCAGGCGAGUUCUGUCAGGGAGAUUUCUGAUCUGCAGGAAACGAUAGAGUGGAAAGACAAAAAGAUAGGGGCCUUAGAGAGGCAGAAAGAGUUCUUUGAUUCCAUCAGGAGUGAACGGGAUGAUCUUAGAGAAGAAGUAGUCGUGCUGAAAGAGGAACUAAAGAAACAUGGAAUAAUCCUACAUUCAGAGGCAACUACCAACGGAGAGGCUCCAGACACUCUAAAUAACGUUGCAUACCAGGGUCCUACCAAGACGACAAAAGAAGAGUUGAAUGCCCUCAAGGUGACUGGGGACGGGACCCUAGGAGAAGCCACGGCAGUGGAGGUGGAAGAUGAAAUUGUGGAGAAUGUGGGGAAAAGAGAAAUCGGGCAGAAUACUGAGCAGGAACAGCAGAAAGAGGACCCCCUGCCUGGCGACAGUGCCGAGGACCCAAGAGCCUCUGAAGACAGUGCCCCCUCCCUAGGAACAUUAGCUCCAAAUGAGGACGGGGGUCAAAGCCACAUGCUAGAGAGCGCACCCUCCCUUGAACACACAGAGCAGGUGGGGGCCGGUGAGGCCACAGGCGCCCCAGGUGCUAGGACUGGGGCUGCCCUCGAACAGUCUAAAUGUUUGAGUGACCUAGACGGUGACAUCCCGGGUCCUGUGACUGGGCAGGGCAGCCCGAAUGCCUUGGAUAUUCAAAACCAAAGUGAAGAAGCUGCAGAGAAACAGGAACAAGAAGAGCAAGAUGGCCAACCCCGUUCGGGAGAAGUUAGCGCAGAUCCACGGCAGGAAUCUGCCCCUUUGCAGCCGUCUGAGCCUGACCGGGUGAGCGGCACCCAGGGCGCAGGGGGGGCAGGGCCAGCUGGACAGGGGCAGCUGGAGGGCAUGGAGGCCUCCAGUCCUCCAAGGUAUGGCGAUGACACAGUGAGUCAUGAUGACAGGUACGCAGGAGACGUCCCCAAAGGGCCGGACCCAAGCGCGGGGCAUGGCUUGGAGGAAGAGCUGGCCAGCCAGGCAGUCUCCGAGCCCAGGGCACUGCCAGCGCAGGGCACAGGAGCAGGGGGGCAGAGCACUGAAGAGGAAGUUGAGGGGCAGGGAUUUGGGAAGGAGACAGCAGCCCAGGCAGACGUCCCCGCCAGUCCCUCUUCUCCAGCACCCAGGGCUCAGGAAGCAACAGGGCCAGAUACGGUCGAUGCCAGGAGUGAACCCCUAGAUGGGAAAGAACCCAGUGAAGACAGGAACGACCGACAGGAAGAGGGACUGGACGCAUCACAGAAGAAGACAAAAAAUAAGAAAAAGAAAAACAGGAAGAAAAGGUCACCUGUAGAACCCCGGAAAGAGGUGCAGAAAGAGCUAACAUUUCCGACCCCAGAUCUGAGCGAAGUUACGCAGGUAACCUCUGCUGAUGAAAAGUCAGGUGCAGAAACACAAAACGAGGUCGGAAAUCCCAAACCGAACAUUGUGGCGGGAGGCAGUGGACACCCGGGCUCUUCAGAGGACCCCGGGAUGGAGUCGGAUGGAAAACUUGACCGGGAGGGCGGUGACGUCAGCGCGGAGGCGGGGCGGGGGGCGGCCGCUGGGGAGCCGGUGCUCUUGGAAGGUGAGGCAGCUGGGGCUUCAGGCUGCAGAGCUGGGGUGGAGGGGAUAGAGCGAGGAGUUCUGACGGGGGCUGCCCCCAGCGCCCUGCCCGGGAAGGAAGACGUGCCUUGCGGUGCCCUGCUCGGAGACAAAAGGCCCCGUGAGGACGGUCCUGCUGCCCCUCAAGCAGAAGGCACGGAGGGCUGUGUGAUGUCCCAGCAUCCGAGCCAGGGCGCCAGGAAGGUUUUAGAUAGCAUUAGUCUAGAAGACGAUGACACGCCACCUGCAGGAGAGUCGGGGGACUUGCAUUCAGAGAGCAAAGCAGAGGCGGAGGUCAGAAAUGAGAAGGACAGAAGCAAAGAGGACUGCACCUUGUCCUAGGCGGGGGCCUGCGUGUCAGGCGGGGUCCGAGGGGCCCAGGACGGCAGUGAGGCCAAGCGACAGACUCCUGUCCGUUCCCUCCGCUGGUGAGACCCGUGACACACACGUACGACAAUCAAUUACCACAUGAUCUACUACUCUGAGUGAUAGACUGUUACUUGUAGAUUUACAUCUUUCUCCCCCAGGUUAGAGAGAGAGACACACUGAUGGUCAGUCUAAGAUCUAACUGAGAGCAUUCCGGGAGUAUCGAACAAUAGUGUACACUGUUUAUGUUUCUGCUUAUGAUCAAAAUAAACAUGGUUCCCAUCUGCCUUAGGCUGAUAGGGAGUGGAUAUUCUUGACCAAAUCUAUCAGCAUCUCAUUGAAGUGACCAAAUAGCAUCUGAGAUCCCCACAUCGUGAGUAUAAUUGGUAUUUAAAUGAAUGUGUCUCAUUCACAUACGUGUGCUUUCAUAGUUGCUUUUGAUCUGUACGUUAAUUUAAUUUAAAAAGGAGAUCAAUGGCCAAGCAGCCUCUCGUGGCUGAGUGAUGAGAUUUGCACCUUAGGACAAUGACUCAUCAUUUUAGGGAUAACGGCGAUCUCAAAGUCCUGAGAGCACUUCCUUGUCUUUACCUCGUAUAAGGAAUUUUUCUCAGCCAGUGGUCUGGACCUCGUGGUCCAUGACACCUCAGUUGAUUUGGUAGAUUCUGACUUCCUGCCAAUCACGGACCAAAGUCACUUUAUACAAAGGUUUUUUUAAUCAUUUUUUUCUGGAAGCGACGUAGGUUGACAUCACGUUUUCUAGACAAUGUUAGGGUGGGGAGAAUCAUUUCUAAAAUUUAUUUUUUUAGCCUUAAAAUUACUUUUUUCUGUUUGUCUAAUCAUUUUCAAAAGAGCGACAGGAAAGGGGGCCGUCUGUGCGCACUGCCGUGACGGGGUGUGUUCCGGGGCCGAGUCACUUCUGGGUUUUGGUGUGAAAAUGCCUGUCUGCUGUGUCUCCGUCUAGCCUUCUGGGGAGUUCUUGUUUUGAUCUUCCUGAACAAAAUAUAUAUUUCCUAUCUAAAGAAGCAUUUUUAAAAAAUAAUUGUGAAGUUCAAUUUAAAAAUAAUUGUACCAUGUUCAAAUCACAAGGGCAUGAACAUUAUGAAUGCUGUUAACCCGACUCUACGGACUCAUAUUACUGUUACAAGAUCUCGUUGAGUGCUAACGAGACCACAACCUCCGUAACAUCUGAGGCAAACGUGUCAUCAUGUAAUUGAAAUAAAGACAUUUCUCUAGUUUCACAAGCCUGUGGUUCCACUCUGUGGGCUCCUUGGAUUGUCACCCUGGCAGCGAGUGUUCGGGCGUCCGUCCACUUCCGCGUGGUGGCUCCCUGUCCGGGUCCGGUGAGGGACUCCCGCUGAGCACCCUUGGUCAGUGGGACUCACCUUCUCUCCCGGCACCUGGGCCGGGCUGGUGUUGCCCGGUCUGGGGAGGACCAAGGACAUCUGCCCCUGCGGCCUCUGCUGUGAGCCGUGGUCUGAGGGGGAGUCCAGUGCAGAAAGAUCUCCAUUCCACGUGCCGGGACUUAGAGCUUGGAAGAGUGUGGUGGAAACAGCAGGUAAACAUUGACCGACUGCGUAAGUGUCCUGAGUGGAGGGUGAGGGGGCGGUCAGCCCCUGCCUACUCGUGCCCUGUGGGUAGAAAACCCUGAGGCUUGCUGCACAGUUUGAAGGG